GCAAGCGUGGAAGGCUCGAACUAUAUUGUCCAGCACAUUUACGUAGACGCGGCGACCGCCGCCAACUUCGUCGUUCUGACUGCAUUAGGACCUCCCGCCGGCGAUGUCGACAACGACGUCGCGCUCCGUGUCGCCCAGACCCAAACUUGAAGACAUGGGCAGCCGCCUACCUUCCCCGUCUCCAUCCGACGCAAGGCUCGGCGUCAAAGCCGAGCCGUCCAACGGGGACGACGACCUCCCCGUCGACGACGUCAAGCCCAAACCGGAGGGGGAACCUCUGCCCGUAAAAACCAACCGGGACUCCAGCACGCCCGGCGCUUCGUCCUCGCGGCGCCAGCAGCAGCCGCAGGCGCGGCCGGGCCCCCAGCUCAUCGGAGACCUGCCCGUCGCCACCGAGGCGGCGAUGGCCACGUUUGAGGAGCUCAAGGCGAACCACUACCAGUAUGGCACCCUCGGGCGCUCCCGCGAGGCGCUCGAGGGCAUGACAUGCGACUGCCAGUACGACCACGCUGAAGAUGAACCGUGGAUGGCAUGCGGCGAGGGCUCGGACUGUAUCAACAGAUUGACGCAAGUGGAGUGCUUGCCGGGCGAGUGUCGAUGUGGGGCUCACUGUCGAAACCAGAGGUUCAACCGACGAGAAUAUGCUCCGAUAGAGAUUGUGCAAACAGAGAAGAAGGGUUUCGGAUUGCGGGCGCGGGAGGACAUUCGAAAAGACCAAUUUAUUUACGAAUAUGUCGGCGACGUCGUCUCCCAUCCCUCGUUCAAGAAGCGCAUGCGGGAAUACGCCCAGGAGGGCAUCCGCCACUUCUACUUCAUGAUGCUCCAGAAGGACGAGUACAUCGACGCCACCAAGCGUGGCGGUAUCGGACGGUUUGCGAAUCACUCCUGCAGUCCGAACUGCUACGUUGCCAAGUGGACGGUGGGCACCCACGUGCGGAUGGGCAUCUUCGCGAGCAGGCAUAUCCGGCAGCACGAGGAGCUUACGUUCAACUACAACGUGGAUCGCUAUGGGCACGAUGCACAACCGUGUUAUUGCGGCGAGCCUAACUGUGUUGGAUUCCUGGGCGGCAAAACGCAGACAGACAUCGGCGCUAUGGACGAUCUCUACCUCGAUGCCCUCGGCAUCACCGACGAAGUGGAGAAGCUCCAGCUCAAAGGCACGAAGAAGAAGAAGGGCCGGAAGCUGGACGAGGACUACAUCCCCGAUCUCAAGCCGUUGCAAGAGAAGGACGUGCCGAAGGUCAUCCAAGCCCUUCGGCAGACCAGCAGUCGGAAGGUCCUUUACAAACUCAUAACGCGCAUCAAGCUUACCGACGAUCAAGCCGCACUUCGACAAGUGAUGCGACUUCGUGGGUUCAGUCAAAUGACCAAUAUCCUCCUUGAUUAUGAAGACGACGAAGAUAUAACCACCGUCGCGCUUGAAUGCAUGUACACCUGGCCGCUACUCAAGCGAAAUAAGGUGGAGGCGUCCGGCAUCAGCGUUCCCGUCCAGAAAUGGGCGGACUCGGACAACGAAAAACUGAAGGGCCUUGCGCAACGCCUAUUGGACAAGUGGGCUGAACUACAGACGGCAUACCGGAUCGCGAAACGCGUGAAGGCGGAUGGCACCGAAGAGGUGGAACGCGUCCUCUUCGAAGAGCCUGAUCGACGGCCGCGGAAGCGGAUACGUUUCACGCCACACGAAGACGUCCCCGUCCUGGACAUCGUGCCAUUAGGGACAAGGGCCGUCACACCGGAUUACUCGUCUCGGUCCUCGGACAGGUUUAAGCCGUUGACGGAGGAAGAACGUCUGCUUCAAGAGCAGCGCGCCAGGGAAUGUUGGUUUGAGAGUAACCGGAAGACGCACGUCACGAAUAUCAUCGCUGCCGCGCGGGCAGCGCAAGAGGCGGCGCGGGAGGAGGAGGCGCGUAAGGCGGCGGAGUCGGCGAAGAAAGAGGAGGAGCGGGCGCGGAGGAGGGAGAAGGCGCUUGCGAACCCGAAGAAAGCGCUCACGCCAGAGGAGAAGGAGGCGUUGAAGGAGAAGCGGUUGCAAAAGCUCGUCGGCGCGAUCGUGGUCAAGUGCAUGUCCAAGUACCAGAAGCAGAUGGACCACGACCUGUUCAAGAAGCACGCCAAAGAGCUCACCCAGAUCAUCGCCGACAAGGAGAAGAAGUCGAGCUCGUACAAGGAGGGCAAGCUUGACAGCCUUUCGGACGAAAAAACGGCGAAGAUCAAGAAGUUCGCGAAGGAAUACGUCGCUAAGGUGAUUCGCAAGCUGGAGAAGUCCGGCCAGGCGAAGAGGCGAUCCUCGCAAGGGAAAGACCAGAAGCAGCUGCCCACGCCUGCGACUACGUCCACUCCUGAUUCACCUGGAGCGAACGCGGCCGCCGAGCCGGAUAUCAGUCUGAGCGCGGUCUUCGAUGAUGAUGCGAUGGAUGUGGACGGACAUGGGGCCGAAGAGGACGGCUUGGAUGGUGACCAUGAUGUGGCCGCUGAGGAGGGCAAAGGGAGCCCGAACACGUCGCCUCGUCAUGCGAGUCCGAAUGGUCUACAUGAUGAAAGUAGUGGGCAGGAGCCUCCACAUAACCUUGAAUUCGGCCCUGCUGUAGUAUCAUGACGAUGGCAGGCAGACGGAUUUCGGGUUAUCUGGUCGGCCUCAGGAUUUGUUGUGACUAUCCUGAUCGUUUGUCCUUAUAGUGCUCGUAAUGCUGCUGCUGCGUGAUAUAUGGUUCGUACGGUGUACUUGUGCAGCC